AUCUAAGUAAUGAUAAAAAUAUAACCUCAGAACAGUUGAAUUACAUUUCUGUUUAAAUAAAAUAAUUAUAAGAAUCGAAUAUGAAUCAAGCUGAUAUUUCUAAAAUUGUUUCGAAGUUACGAAUAAAAGUACCACCUGAACAUCGCCGACUAAAAGGCCCACAAGGCCCGGAAGGCAGGCUAAAUAAAUUGCGAAAAACUGUUACGGGCUUAAUUAAAUAUGAAAGAAUUGAACUAAAUUACCGUCGAGGUGAUGAAGCGCGUCAAUAUGCUGAGAGGUUAAUAUCCGAAGCUAUCAGUCAUGGCGAUUGUCAUAAACCCACAAUGGAAAUAGCAGAUUACUGGUUACUUGAAAAGCAACUAGUUCACAAAUUAUUUAAGGUCUUAGUACCAAGAUAUGAGAAUUAUAAUACAGCUUUUACCAAAAUGUAUAAAGCACCACAGGCUUACUAUGGAAGAAAUAUUGAUAAGGCUGUUCUAGAAUUAAGAGGAAAUCCAUACCCCUCAUUGACAAAUAAACAGUCAAAUAAUAGACUUUUACUACAAAAUGUUCUAUUAGAUGCAGCUAAAUAUGACUACAGACAAGCAAAAUAUGCAGAAAUGGCAGACAAAAUGAGUAAAACUGAAGAAUUACAGACAAAAUUAGACAAUAACCCAGAAAGUAAACCUUCUGAAUCCUCAUAAUGCAACAUUACUAAAGGUUGUUGAUAAUUAUGUAAUAGAGUAUGUAGUGAAUUAAUUACUAUAAGAAUAAAAAGUUAAAGCUAAAUUUA